AAUUUUUUUCCGUACUGGGAUCAAAUAUUUACACACCUUAUAAUAACCCCGUCAGUCUGCCACGACACUGACAGAUUCAGGGCUGGACCGCCUUCAUAAGCAUCCUAUGGUAUUUUGUUCCAAGAUGGCGGUGGCGAGCAUGGAAAACGACGCGAUAAAUACCGAAGAUGAUCAUCACCUUAAUAAUUCAUUCGGAGAUGCUGGUCUCAUCUCCCCAGAUAAAGAAGACAUCUCUCGUAUUCUGACGGUUCCUUUCAGAGGACGGAUCAGAGGUGGAAUGAGGCCUGGGAAGAAAAUCAUUAUUAUGGGCAUCAUAGAUCCAGAGCCAGACAGCUUUGACAUCAGCUUAACUUGCGGCCACAAUGAUGAGAAAGAUGAAGGGGAGCUCACUGAUGUGGCCCUUAAACUCACUGCACGAUUUACAGAACGGCAGUUCCUGAGGAACGCACAGAUUUCUGGGAAAUGGAGUGAGGAGGAGGCACCCAUAUCUUAUUUCCCCUUCAUCCCGGAUCAGCCGUUCAGGAUUGAGAUCCAUUGUGAGCACCAGCGUUUUAGGAUCUUUGUGGAUGGACACCAGCUGUUUGACUUUUAUCACAAAGUUAAGUCUUUGUCUGCCAUUAAUAUGAUCCGGAUAGAUGGGAGUCUUCAGAUCACUAAGCUGGGCUGAAAAACACCUGAAAGAACUUCAGUCAGGUGACCACGCCCACCUGUGCAUUUGCCACAUCAAUGAAGGCCUCCCAGCUUCAUCUGCAUUAUGCUUAUGUGUCUUUUUAUAACAGGUUGGUGAAUGGUUGCAAUUUCAGAUGUGUACCCCUUCUUGAGUGUUUUAUAUAUCUGUCCAGUAGAUUAUUAAAUGUUUAGUUUGGAUAUUUUUCAGGGAUUGCACAAUUUGAUAUGCACACUGUGGCAGUACCAUGCGCCACUUGGAUUUUGCUGCUCUGAAUAGAUGCUGCCAAUGUGUGCAUGCUGAUAGUUUAGCAGUGUAGUUUAAAACGUUUUCCAAGACUCAGGAAAUCUGAUAUAGUUGGUCUACUUUACUCAUUUAAGACAAAUUUGUUUGUGUAAAUUAAAAUAGUUUGGGUACUAGAACUUCACAGCCCAUAUAGUAUACAGUUUGGUGUUUCACAUAUUUAUUUAUAAUAUUGAGUGGAAGAUAUUAUUUUAUCCCCAGUAGUGUAGCAGAACGUACUGUUAAGUAGUUUACCUUUUCAUCCUAUAUCUGUUCAUUGCAACCAUUCAUGUGAGAUGAUGUGUUGAGGAUUAUUUGACUUGAGGUUAAAGUCAUCUUUAGAAAUGAUGCACUUAAAUUUCAUCCAAUUAUUCUCAACAGUAUUUCAGCGCAAAUAUAAAAUCCUUAGCUACCAAACCAACAAAUGAUUGUUUUAUAGUGGACGAGUGAUUUAUCGAAAAUGGCUCCUUUUAAAGUUUACACUUGAUCUGAAGCACCAAGUAAAAGUCAAAGGAACACAAGUAACUGGGCUAAAUAGUUUUUGAAUGUACAAUAAUCCACUUAUAGGCACCUUAAUAGCUUAUAUGUGGGUGUAAAGUGAAUGUCUUAAAAAAAGGCAUAUUAUUCCCUCCAGCUCCUUUAUUUAUAACACUCACUCCUCGUGUCGCUCUUCUUAAUAUAAACAUGCAGCCAAGGCUUAGCAUAUUUCAUGUAUUAUGUUGUCAUUUCUGGCCCUUGGCCCACUAAGGAACCUUUAUACACUAUGCCGUAUACACAGUACCCACAAUGCUCUCUGCUGUCAGAUCUGUACAAACAAUAACCUACAGCAUAAUGGUACCAAUGUUAAAUCGACACAAUGAUGUUGAUAUGAUGUGCUCGUUGCACUGUAGAUCAGUAUUAUGUUCAGAUUCAAAACUUAAUGUAAGCAUGAUAUUAUACAAUAAUGCUGCGUUCACACCGCCAGUGAUUUUUUUCACUUGUAAUUUUAAAUGAGGUUGCCCUACACUGUAAAAAAAUCCUUGUUGCACUUUUGUCGCUGCACACUCCCACUUCAUGUCGGCAACGGUCACUAUUGCUUGUCACCAGAUCUCGUCGCUCUGCCGUUGCUAGUCGCUGGCGGUGUGCACACAGCUUUACACUUGAACUCACUUCUUUUGUUUUGGAAGACAUAAAACACUUCCUGUAAAAAGUGAAGUGUAAGAAAAGUGAAGAAUAAUUGCGAAUCUUUUGUCGAAUAUGAGUAUUUAUUAAAUGCAAUAGAUAACUAAUAAAGCUUCUCACAUUUUUGAGAAAAACAUGAUUAACUAACUUAAAGUAGACCAAUUUCAUCCCAUUUACAGAAUUUAUUUGCUGAAGACAUUUCAAAUCUGGCUGUUCGAACCAGUAAGGUACUUAACAGUGUUACUAUUUCAAUUUCAUUUUGUCUGAAACUGUUUUAAUGUUGCUGACAAUUUUUGGUUGUCAUUUCGUUUCCUGAUCAGUGUGUAUGUGAGGAUACCUAAAAGGUGUUACACCUGGACAAUUUUGAAAGGGGAGGGAGUACUACAAAUGUAGUAUGUAGCCCAGGAGAUGCAUUGCAUUUUGUCGCAAUGUGCAUGCGUCGCACAUCUUUGUACACGUACAAGUAAUGUGAACUACACGUUCGUGUACAUGUAAAUAACAGACUAUGCUCUGGGCUUGCUUUGCCCUUGGAGCUACAGUAAAGUAAAAUGCAUUUCUCCCUAUGAUCCUAAUAAUUGUGCAGAUUACAGAUACUAAUUCUAAUGCUUCCAUUUUUGGUGCUGUUUAUUGUCUUGUAUCUCAAAAUAAAUUGCUACAUUUCUCAGACUGGUUCAGAUUUACAGUAUGAGGAUUCAAAAUGAAUGUUAUGGGUCUUAAUAGUAAACUACAGAAGUUUUCGAAACUUUGGAUGUACAUAUACUACUAAUCUCUUUGUAUGCCUCGUUUGUUUUUGUUUUUCAUGUUUUUUGCAAUAAUGUUUCAGCACUAAGAUGAGUGCUUGUUUAUGUAAUGAUUGUUUACUAGAUUCCAGUACAUCAAAACUAUAGUUCAUUUCAUAGCUUGGUAUAUUGUUUUUUUAUUAAAGAAACAGUAUGUAGGAUUGUGGACGAAACUGGUACUGCAAUCACAAAACUUGUGGCUAAAACUGGUACUGCAAUCACACAACUGGUGGCCAAUACACAAAAUGACAACAUAAACAUCAGUUGAGGGCUGCAACUCCACUUUUUAAAUGACAAUAUCCUGGCCUGACCACUGUUGUCAGUGAUAUAAGUAUUUGAAAUGAACAUGAUUUCCUAAUGUCUAGUGACAUAUCAGGGCAAUUUUAUGAUUCAUUUAUAUACAUUUCUUACAUACUGUUCCUUUAAGUCAGACGUUUGCAGCUUAAUAUGUUUUUAAUAUUAUUUGAGAACAAUUUCAAAAGCUUAUGUAUUUAUAAAGGUGCCCAUUAGUUAGAGCUAGUGUGUGGUGUUGGAUAAUUGUAAUUGUACAUUAUUUUAUGGGUUAAAUCAAGACAUGCAGAGUAGCUUUCAGGGCUUGGUUUUGGGCAGAAAUCUGCCUAUUGAAAUAUGGCUUUGGUGUUUAGGGACUAAUUCACAUCGAUCCAACAAACACCAACCAAAACCAACAAACUUUUUAAAUGAGAAUGUUGGUGUUGGUUGCAGUUUGUUGGAUUAUUGUAAAUUCUCAUUGUUUUACACCAACAGAGUUAAAGUUUAUAUAGCACUUUUAAGUUACAUGAAAUCCUUGUAAUGUAAGGCACCUGUGCUUUGCAGAUGUUAAAAUAAUUCAUCAAUUGCCAAGUUGGUACAUACCUGCGCUGCAGAAUCCCAUGUGAAUAUGCUGCAGUAGGAUACACAUAAAGAGAAAAAACUGGCUUAAAAAGCAUUUGGGUGAAUAUCUGAAACGAAACGUAUGUUUUUGUCUGCAAAGGAUUAAUAGCCUGCUAUUGGGACAUUCAUUGUCAUCUGGAUAUACUGUUUGAAGUUGGUUUGCAAACGCUUUGUUUUUGUUUAAUAGUAAAUGUUUAGUUAUUCAAUACAUUUUGUAACUUUCAUGGGUAUUAAUUUUCUAACUGAUUUAUUGACCAAUAAAUCAAACCUUACACACUU